ACGCACGAAAUCAAAUGUUAUGAGUUUGAUGAAAUAGUUAUUGAUAAACCGAAAAGUAGCAUCAUCAAAUGGACUACUAAUUUUUAACGAGUUUAAUGUUCAAGAAUCUUUGUAGAAUUGCUAAUAUUUAGAAAGAAAGGUUUAUUUGCCCCUUUUUCUAAAUUUUAUUUUUGUACUACCUAUUACAAAUAGUAUAUGAAGUAUCCAACCACCACUUUCAACUACAACGACUCCUCUAGACAGGGCGGUGUUGCUGUAUAUAUUCUGGUCUAGUGCUUCCUCCCUACCAAAUUUCCAAAUGCAUAAAAGUCCUUAACCACCACCUCUCACCGCCUCACUCCAUGGCUCUCCCUCUGCUUCUACUCAUCUCAAUCCCUCUCAUCUUCCUGGCGUACAAGCUCUACUACAGGCUCCGAUUCAAGCUUCCGCCGGGCCCUCGCCACCUCCCCAUCGUCGGCAACCUCUACGACAUAAAACCGGUGAGGUUCCGCCACUUCGCCGAGUUGGCUCAGGAAUACGGACCCAUAUUCGCCGUCUACUUCGGCUCUCAGCUGAAUGCGGUGGUCAGCACCGCCGAGCUCGCCAAGGAGGUGCUCAAGGAGAAUGAUCAGAGCUUGGCUGACCGGUUCCGUACCAGAUCCGCCUCGAAUCUGAGCCGGAACGGGAUGGAUUUGAUCUGGGCCGAUUACGGGCCUCACUACGUCAAGGUCAGGAAGCUCUGCAACCUCGAGCUCUUCACGCCCAAGCGGCUCGAGUCUCUUCGGCCAAUUAGAGAGGAUGAGGUGACCGCCAUGGUUGAGAGCAUCUUCAGAGACUGUACUAAGCCGGGUAAAAGUGGCAAAAGCUUGUUGAUGAGGGAUUACUUGGGUGCAGUAGCAUUCAACAACAUAACAAGGUUGACAUUUGGAAAGAGGUUCAUGAACUCUGAGGGAGAGGUAGAUGAACAAGGGAAAGAAUUUAAGGGCAUUGUGUCCAAUGGGAUCAAGAUUGGGGCAAAACUUCCAAUGGGAGAAUAUGUCCCGUGGCUUCGUUGGGCAUUUACUGUUGACAAUGACGCAUUGGAGAGCCAAGCUUCACGCAGAGACCGACUCACCAGGAGGAUCAUGGAGGAACACACCCUUGCUCGCAAGUCUUCUGGUGAUACCAAGCAGCAUUUUGUCGACGCCUUGCUCACACUUCAGCAGCAAUAUGAUCUCACCGAUGACACUGUCAUUGGUCUUCUUUGGGACAUGAUCACAGCAGGAAUGGACACUACAACAAUAUCAGCCGAAUGGGCAAUGGCAGAGCUUGUGAAGAACCCACGGGUGCAACAAAAGGCUCAUGAAGAGCUGGACCGGGUCAUCGGAUCUGAUCGGAUCAUGACCGAGUCCGAUUUCUCCAAGCUCCCAUACCUCCAGUGUGUAGCCAAGGAAGCACUAAGGCUACACCCACCCACACCCCUAAUGCUCCCCCACAAGGCCAGCGCGCACGUCAAGAUCGGUGGCUACGACAUCCCCAAGGGCUCCAUUGUCCACGUAAACGUCUGGGCAGUUGCCCGCGAUCCUGCCGUGUGGAAGGAUCCGUUAGAAUUCAGACCAGAACGGUUCCUUGAGGCAGACAUCGACAUGAAGGGACACGACUACCGUCUCCUCCCGUUCGGUGCGGGGAGGCGUGUAUGUCCAGGUGCACAGCUGGCAAUAAAUUUGGUGACAUCAAUGUUGGGUCAUCUGCUGCACCAUUUCGAGUGGGGACCACCCUCGGGAGUGAAGGCUGAGGAGAUUGACAUGACGGAGAGCCCUGGGAUGGUGACCUACAUGAAGACUCCUUUGCAAGCUGUUGCUACCCCAAGGUUGCCUGAUGCAGACUUGUACAAACGUGUGCCCUAUGUUAUGUGAUGCUUUUUCUUCUUUCCUCCAUGAUCAUGACACUUUUGACUUUAAUGCAUUUUAAUGCGGAGUAUGUUUCUAAAUGCAAAUUUUACGUAUCUCUGAUUUUCUGGUGUGUGUUAGGUGGCCAAUGCAAGUUGACGAGUAGGUUCACAAUGCGCCUACCCUCUUUGAAGUCAUCCGCAGCAUCUAUGCUAAGAAGUAAUAAUAGAUUAUUUAGGCUAUUAAGGGUCAAAUAGAUCUUUGUACCCUUUCGUAUUGCUCAAUUUGCCCCCUCAACCCAAAAAAGCUCCAAUUGGCACUCUGAACUCAAUAAAAAUAUUCAAA